AUGAAGGAACCUACCACCACCUGCUCUUAUCACCAGCUCUAUCAAAAUGCGAAACAAUAUUCAAAAAAUGGGGAAUACUUCUGCAAAGAGCUCAUGUCCGUUUUCCAGCAAAGGGCAGAGUUGGAGCUUACUUACUCCAAAGGCCUACAAAAACUCGCGGGCAAACUCAUCAGGGCCUCCAAAGGAAUGUCAAACAAUUCCACCCACAGUGCCUGGUGUCAUGUGUCAGAUGAGAUGUACUCAAGAGCAGACGCCCACAGAUCAGUAGGAAAUGCAUUUCAGCAGGAAGCAAUUCUGGAAAUACGACAAGUCUUAGACGAGCAUAAUAAGAGGAAGAGGCCUCUUGACAGUGCCAUUGAAAGAACCGGAAAGCUUGUUACUGCUAACUGGAGUGAGCAACUGAAGAUCAAAAAGAAAUUAAUUGGACUAACAAGAGAACACGAGGAUCUGUUCAACUUUGUUGAAAACAACAAACACAUCUCCACUGAGAAAGAAAAACAGAAGAUGCUUAACAGGCUGACUAAGUCAGCAGAGAUGCAGGCGCGGGUGGAUGAGGAGUACUUUAAUAUCAACAUGGAGGGUCAUCAGAUGAGACUCAAGUGGGAAAACACAUUGAAAAACUGCUACCAGAUCAUACAGGAGCUGGAGAAGCAACGGAUUGAACUUCUAGGCAACAUCCUAAAAAGAUAUAACCUCCAAAUGUACAGCUUUGGACAGACCCUCAAACAUGGCCAAACACAGAUAGAACAGGCGGUCCAAAGGGUGGACACUGAUAAAGACAUACAAGCCCUGGUGGAAGAGAACAGAAACACCACUGAAGAUCACAAAGUCGAGUUUUUGAUGGCUGAUUAUUUCGAGGAAGACAGCAAAUCAUUCAUGGACAAAGACAGAAGAAGAGAGGCAAUCAAGCUUAAACUUCAGCGCCUCGACGAGAAUAUUACGAAAACAAAGAAAGACUGUGAAGGAAUUGAAAAACUUAUGAAAACAUACUCUGAAAAUCCAUCUUUUUCCAACCAAAAGAACCUUGAGGAAACCGAGCAGCAGCUUGAUGAGAAUACUCUAAAACUGGAUCUCCUGGAGGCUACUCAUUACAAACUCUCUACAUCGCUGUCUAAAUUAGAAGGGAAACCAAAGUCCCAUCACCGGUUCAGCAACAGUAUUCUGAAAUGGAAGGACAAGGACUGUGAACAUAGUCUAGUUCAGCUGGCUCGUCCAGUCAGACUCAGGAGGACACCCUUCAGAUCCCGGCAGUCACUGAGAGCUUCCAUCAUUUACAAAGGACCACCUCUGUUUGUGGCACAGCAGUCUGUGGAUCCUUCAAAAAAUGCCACUGACCAGGUCAGUUCUACAAGCCCAACACAGGAAAGUCAAACUGCAGAGAGUGGCAGCACUGUUAAUGGAGUCUUGGAGCCUCACACGGAAGAGGACAAAGGACAAGAGUUGUGCAGUAUAGGAAAAUGCAAGGCCAUUUACAACUUCACCCCUGAGCACGACGAUGAACUGGCUCUGAACGAAGGAGAUUUACUAGACAUUUAUUCCAAGGAAGAAACCGGCUGGUGGUUUGGCAUGUUGAACGGGCAGAUGGGCCAUUUCCCAUCAACCUAUGUUGAAGAGCUACCUCAGUUAAGCAGCAUUAAAUCAUCUGAUGCCUGACCGACCCUGAAUCAAAUUCUAACCACAGCGAUGCCAAACAUUCAUUAGAAACUUAGUCUGAAAGGAACAAUAUCUGUGUAUGCACCGAUUUUAAUUUGGUUAAUUAUUCAACAUUUGUCACAUUCAGUUCUUGUAUAUUUAUGAAGUGAGAUGUACAUUCAGCAUCUUAACACUGCCUCCUGGCUAUUUUGUAAUGCUCCUAGGAUUAAAGUUGAACAUGACACUAAUAUCAAAUAACAAGUUUUUUCAUAAUUUAUAUUACACUCGAUACAAGGUCGACUAACACGAGGCUUUAAUAAAGAAGUGCUUUAUUACAUCAUUGAUGUCUGUAGCACGUGUAAAAAAAAAAGAGAUUUGUAACAAACAAAUAAAAUAAAACUGUUUACAUCAAUGUUUAAGUAGUCAGUUCCUUAUUAUUCAGGAUUAAAAGGUAAGCAGUUGUCCAAAUGUCAAUUCACUCGCUGGGCCCACGUCCUCAUUUUAGGUUUGACAGCGUUAUCGUAGAUAAAGGUGAACGGCUUGGACAUUCAUUGAGCUGCGGUUUGAGCAAGGCCUCGAAGGGGACUGGCGUGG